AGCCACAGGGGGAACGGAAGCCACGGCUCUCGCGAGGAUGCUCCCGCGCUCCGCUUUCCCCGAGGGGGGCUGUCACGUGGUGCGGCCUCGCCCAAUCGGCUCCCAGACUGCGGGGGUCGCCGCGGUUCCCGCCAAAUACGAGCGCAGCGGCCGCGGCAGCAGCGGCGCGGGAGGGAGGGCGAGCGCCAGCGGCCUCCCGAGCGGAGCCCGCACCCCCAACGCCUGAGAGGAGCUUCAGCUGCCGCCGGAGCGAUGCUGGGGGAGCCGGAGUGCGGGGUGCCCGGUGCCAGGGGAGCGACCGCAGCCAUGGAUUGCAAAGACAGACCUGCUUUUCCAGUUAAGAAGUUGAUACAAGCCCGUCUGCCGUUCAAGCGCUUAAAUCUUGUCCCCAAGGAGAAAGGCGAGGAUGGAUCAGAAGACAUGGGAAGCUCCCAGAACGUUUCUGUGGAAGGGAAAGUCCCUGAUUUAGAAACCUCUUUGGACAACUUGGAGAACAGCUGUCAUAUAGGUUCUGACCUUGACUGCAGACCAAAACUUGUCAAUGGGAAGGGUCCCUUAGAUGACUUUAUAAGAAACAGAAUCAAAACCAGCAUUGACCAGAGCAUGGUCAUCAUCGAUUUGACAGAGGACUCUAAUGACCAGCCAGACAGUACUGCAAACCCUGAAGCCUCCCUCUCCAGGGAGACUGUCAGUGGGGUCAGCGGAGUCCCAGGUCAGGGGCUAUCGAAGGUCCUUCACAGCCACGAGCUGGCAGCGUCUCCUGCAGAAGCCCUCUCAGACAGUCCUUGCGAAUCAGAAGAGGCGCUUGUUGGCUCUGAAACCCUGGAGAGGAACGGCAGCUCUCAGGAGGGCACCCCACAGAGGCACCCGAAGCCAACAGGGGGACCAAGACGGUGCCCCCAAAAGGAGCAGGACGGCUGGAGUGAGGCCGGGGGCAUCCUGUUCAGAGGGAAGGUUCCCCUGGUGGUCUUGCAGGAUAUCUUGGCCGUGGAGCCUCCCCAGGCCAAGCCUCUCAGGACACCCCUGGACAAGAGCCUCACCUCAGGGACUGAGGUGCUAGAAUCCUGCCCUGAGGAAGACUCUGCCCUUAGCCACUCACCCCUGAGCUCCUCACCCACGAGCUCACCCGAGGGGCAGUUGGCUUCUGGAAGACAGCACCACGAUCCCAGCCCCUCUCUCACCUCCACACCUGUCCGCAGAAUAACCAAGAAAUUCGUCAAAGGGUCCACAGAGAAGAACAGGAUGAGACAGCAAAGAGAUAAAGAGCAGUUGAGGGAAGAGAAGGAAAAGCUGAAAGAAGAGGCCCGGCGGGCCAAGGAGGAGGCCAGGAAGAAGAAGGAGGAGGAGAAGGAGCUGAAGGAGAAGGAGAGGCGCGAGAAGCGGGAGAAGGAAGAGAAGGAGAAGGCGGAGAAGCAGCGGCUCAAGGAGGAGCGGCGCAAGGAGCGGCAGGAGGCUCUGGAGGCUAAACUCGAGGAGAAGAGGAAAAAGGAGGAGGAGAAACGGUUACGGGAAGAAGAAAAGCGCAUUAAGGCAGAGAAGGCUGAGAUCACGAGGUUCUUUCAGAAGCCAAAGACUCCACAGGCCCCCAAGACCCUGGCUGGCUCCUGUGGCAAGUUCGCCCCCUUUGAAAUUAAAGAGCACAUGGUCCUUGCCCCCCGUUGUCGGGCUGCCUUCAACCAAGACCGCUGCGAUCAGUUGGACCAGCUCCUGCAGCAGCAGAGCGGAGAUGGCUCCUUCUUGGAAGAGCUGAAAGGCCGCAGGCCUCUCAGGUCUGGACCCACCAGGCUAUGUAGCCGGAAUGCGGAUGUUUUCAACAGUGACGUGGUGAUCGUGGGCAGUGGCAAGGUGGCCAGCGUUCCUGAUCGGAGGAAGUUCGGCCAGAUGAAGCUCCUGCAGUUUUCUGAGAAUCACCGGCCAGCAUACUGGGGGACGUGGAAUAAGAAGACAGCCAUCAUCUGCCCGCGGAACCCCUGGGCCCAGGACAAGGCGCUGCUCGACUACGAGGUGGACAGUGAUGACGAGUGGGAAGAGGAGGAGCCCGGGGAGUCCCUGUCCCACAGUGAAGGGGAUGAUGACGAUGAAGUAGGGGAGGAUGAAGAUGAGGAUGAUGGCUUCUUCGUGCCCCACGGGUACCUGUCUGAGGAUGAAGGCGUGACUGAGGAAUGCGCCGACCCCGAGAACCACAAGGUGCGCCAGAAGCUGAAGGCCAAGGAGUGGGACGAGUACUUGGCCAAGGGGAAGCGGUUCCGCGUCCUCCAGCCCGUGGUGAUUGGCUGCGUGUGGGCGGCCACCGGGGACAGCUGCUCGGACCUCGACCUGAAGGUGCUGCAGCAGUUCACUGCGUGCCUCCUGGAGACGGUGCCCUCAGAGGAGGAACAGGCGCCCAAGGCCUCCAAGAGGGAGAGGAGGGACCAGCAGAUCCUGGCCCAGCUGCUCCCGCUGCUGCACGGCAAUGUAAACGGGAGCAAGGUGAUCAUCCGGGAGUUCCAGGAGCACUGCCGACGAGGACUGCUCAGCAGUGACGUGGGCGGCCCCCCAAGCCCUGCCUCCCGCCCACAGACCCCCACCGCCACCAGCGAGGAUGCCGCUGUGCCCUCCAAGGCCAGGCUCAAGCGAAUCAUUUCUGAGAACUCGGUGUACGAGAAGAGACCAGACUUCAGGAUGUGCUGGUACGUCCACCCGCAGGUGCUUAAGAGCUUCGACCAGGAGCACCUCCCUGUGCCGUGCCAGUGGAGCUACGUCACCACGGUGCCCUCAGCCCCCAGGGAGGACAGUGGCAGUGUCCCUGCCACCGGGCCCAGCCAGGGAGUGCCCGCCCCACUGAAGAGGAAGUCGGCGGGCAGCAUGUGCAUCACCCAGUUCAUGAAGAAGCGCAGGCAUGACGGGCAGGUUGGAGCUGGAGACGUGGAUGGCUUCCAGGCAGACACGGAGGAGGAGGAGGAGGAGGAUGGCGACUGCAUGAGCGUGGACGUCCCGGAUAUUGGGGAGGCCCACGACCCGUGUGGAACCACUUCUGGAGCCGAGGACGUAGUGCGAAUGGACACGAGUGAGAACCCGCUGCCUGCCAGUCCACUCUGUGCCUCCUGAGAGUGUCCGGUUGGCCUGGCCCACCGGUGCGUGUAUCGAAUGGUUGGGGGUCCUCGACACAGACCAGAUACUUGAACCUACUACCAAUUCCUGUGUAAAGAGCACUUUGUCCUGCUUCACAGACCUCCUGGGUCUGGAAAGUUCAUAUAGGAUGCUUGAUGAGUUGUUCUUGACAUUUUGUAAAAAUCGUCCCAAAAAACUGCGUAUUACUCCACCCUUGAAUAAAGCAUUAUGAGAGGUGAUGGCAUACAGGCCCUGCUCGCCCCUCAGGCCCAAGAGCAACAUGAAUUGAAGCAGCAGAGGCACCCGGGCCCCACAGCGCGGGCGUCUGGACUGUGGAAGUGUGUAAACUUAUUCUCUCGCCCUGAACCGUCUCGUCUCCGUCCGUCAGUACACCAUUUCCGUGAGUGGGACCGUCCAUCCCCUCGGCCCAGCGGUGAGGGCUGCUUGGCAGGUGCUUCUUCUUGUUCCUCUUCCUGCCCUUGAGGUGUGAGCACAGUGCAUCCCAGGUCCCACUCCUUCCCGGACCCUCGGAGCCAGUGCUGUGCCCUCCCAAGGGAGGGAGGGAGGGACAGUUUGGAGAGAAGCCCUGGUGUGGCUGGAGCCGCUGCUGUGCUCUGGGCUGAUGAUGACAGCUGGCUGGGGAGCUGAGGUCAGGGCACUUCCUAUCCAAAUCCAGACCCAGAGGUUGGCCUCCUGCUGGCCCCACCCUUGGAUCUAGCCAUGUCCCCACUAACCCCACGGGGAACCAACUGGCUACAUGCAGUUUGGUGCGGACCAGACAGCCCACACCUGGUGACUUCGUCCCCACCCUUCCACCCUGCCCUGACUCGCCUCCGCUGGCCACACCCUGGCUUCCCUCUAGCCGCACCCCCCCUCCCUUGGCCCCAUAUGGGUGUGGCUGGCAAAUGGCCCAGGUGCAGCGCAAGGGCCCUAGCCUGGCCAGUAGGCUGGGCUCCUGCUGGGAAGCAGAGCCCAUGUCUGCAUGGCCCCUGGGGUAAGCAGGGAACAUGGGGCCAGAGUUGGCCUUGGUCCUAAACCCACACUGGGCAGCUGCUGUUGGCUCAGGUGUGACAAAAAGUCAUGCUGGGCUCCUGGUUGAGGGAACUAGAAGGGACAUAAUUUUGCUAACUUUAUGAGAGACAAAGUCACAUUGGGAGUCUUCAAGCUUCAAGUCCCGCUUUUGCAGCUGGGAGUGGCCAGGUAACCAGUGCCGCCUGACUGCAGAGCCACUACCUCCCGUUGGUCACAGCACCAGGGCCCCGCACCUCGGUUCCCAUUUCCUGUGACUACUAUAGCACAUCACCACACUUGGUGGCUCAAAACAGCAGAUUCAUCGUCUCAAGUGGUACAGGCCAAAGGCUGGCGUGGGCUCCCGCGUAAACCCAGGUGUGGCAGGGCUGGGUCUCCUGAGGCCCCAGGGAGUCAUCAUCUCCAGUUUUUGCAGGCCCUGCAGCCCUUGGCCUCUGGCCCUUCCUCCAUGUUAGGAGCUGGCAGCGCAGCAUCUUCCACUCUGACUCUCCUGUCCUCUCUCACAAGGACCCUGUGGUUACACGAGGCCCAGGGUGACCCCAGCUUAGGGCCCUCCACCAGUCCAGCCUGCAUUCUGCCGCAAGAUGUUCAUGAGUCGGGGAAUUUGGAGGUGGAAGUUUUGGGGAACAAUGUUCUGCCAAUCAGUGAGACCAGAUCUGAGUAUGUCCCCCUAUGGCUUCUUGUGCUGGGAGCUUGGUCCUCAGUGUGGUCACGUGGGGAGGGACUUUCAAGAAGUGAGGCCUCAGGAGAGACCUUGGAAAGGAAUUGACCAGACUAUGCCAUGUACAUAUUUGAAUGUACCACAGUGGAGUUCACCUUUAUGUAUAUCUAUAAAGCAUUAAUUUAAGAAAAAAACUAUAAAUGGAAGACCAAUAGAGGAGAGGAUGGGAAGAGGGGAGGGCAAGGGGAAGUGCUGGGGACUGAAGUGGACCAAGUCAGUCCUCCCUUGCAUGAUGUCAAAAUGAGCCCCAAUCCUACGUGUA